UUCUCCAUUCGACGACUUUCGUUUUCAGCUCUCCUACCUACAUCGAUAAUCUUUUCCUAUAAAUUCGAUAUCGUACUAAUUUUAGUAGCUAAACAUCUCACCAACAAAGCAAAAAAAAAUUGUGUGUAAUAAUGGAUAGCCAUUGUCACCUCAGUAUUGCUCACUAUUUGCUUCUUUUGCUUUUGUUCUCUUCCUGCAUGCAGAGUACUCAAAACUCUGUUUCUGUUUGGCUGGUGAAGAAAUUUCAAGUAGUGUGAAGACAAAUUCAUGCACUGACGAAGAAAGACAAGCGCUUCUCGUCUUUAAACAACAUCUUGUUGAUCAUUCUGGUAGGCUUUCGUCUUGGGUGAGUCAUGAUUGCUGCCAAUGGGAAGGUAUUUCAUGCAACAACAGCACUGGUCAUGUCGUGAAGAUGGACCUCCGGCAUCCAUAUGACUUUUUUGACGGUGAUGAGUAUGAAAAGUGGAUAAAUGCUUCUUUGGGAGGUAAGAUAAAUGCUUCUUUGUUGAGCUUGAAACAUUUAAAUUACCUGGACUUGAGCCUGAAUUCGUUUGAUAGCAUUCAAAUUCCUAAGUUCAUUGGGGAGCUUAAAAGUUUGCAAUAUCUCAAUCUCUCCUUUGCGUCAUUUGGAGGAGAGAUUCCCUCUUCUCUUGGUAACCUGUCAAGCCUAAAUUUUCUUGAUCUCGGGUCGAAUCAAGGCUUAUCUUCCAAAAAUUUGAAUUGGCUUUCUCACCUCACUUCCUUGAAAUACAUUAAUCUCAAUGGCAUUAACCUGAACAGCACAGGAGUCAGUUGGGCAUAUGAUAUUAACAUGCUUCCUUCAUUGUUAGAGUUACAUUUAUCUUGGUGCCAAAUUGAAAGCAUUCCACUCUCACUGCAGAGCAUUAACUUCCUUCCACUUUCACUACAGAGGAUUAACUUCACAUCACUGUUGGUCCUUGAUAUGUCGCAUAAUGGCAUUAAAAGUUCUUCAUUUCCCGGCUGGUUUUUUAAUCUUACCAACCUCGUAACACUUGAUCUAUCCGAGAAUGAUUUCAGGGAUUCUUUUCCAAGUGGAUUUUCAAACUUCAAAUCUCUGCAAAACCUUGAUUUAUCUGAUACAGGCUUAAAAGGUCAAAUUCCUAAAGUCAGUGGAGAUUUGUGCAAGCUAAAAGUCUUAAGUCUUUCAGGGAACAACUUUGAUGGGGGGAUUCAAGAGUUUUGGAGGAGUCUCUCAAAUUGUCCAAGUAAUACAUUAGAGUCACUAGAUUUGUCUUAUUGCCAGCUUAAAAGCCAAUUGCCGGUCUUUUUAGGAAUGUUCAAAAGUUUGCAGAAUCUCAUCCUUAGCGGAAACAAUUUGUGGGGCUCAAUUCCAGAUUCCAUCGGAAACUUGUCAUCCUUGAGAACACUAGACCUCUAUUCUAAUAAUUUGUGGGGCUCAAUUCCAGAUUCCAUCGGAAACUUGUCAUCCUUGAGAACACUAGACCUCUAUUCUAAUAAUUUGUCGGGCUCAAUUCCAAAUUCCAUCGGAAACUUGUCGUCCUUGAGAACACUAGAACUCAAAGAUAAUAAGAUGAACGGCUCAAUUCCAGAAAGUAUUGGACAACUCUGUGAGCUAGUUUCCCUACUUCUGGUUGGUAAUUCAUGGGAAGGCAUUCUAACGGAAGCCCAUUUCAUAAAUCUUACCAGAUUACAAGAUUUUGAAGUAGGAAACGUAGACCGACCCACAUCCCUCAUUCUCGAUGGGGCUUAUGACAGGGUUCCUCCUUUCAAGCUCUUCACAAUUUCUAUCAUAAAUUGUCGGACAAGUCCUGGUUUUUGGGUAUGGCUUCAAACUCAAACUGAACUGUCUGAUGUUAUCCUUCAGGGUAAUGGAAUCUCGGAUUCCAUACCUGAGGAAUGGCUGUUGAAGAUAUCUUCCCAAACUAGGUAUCUAGACUUGUCUUUCAACCACUUUCAUGGAAACUUUCCAUCCCAGUUGAAAUUUCCAAAUUUAACGAUUAUUGCUUUGAGUCAUAAUCAAUUGGAGGGCCCUCUACCACUUUGGUGUUUCCCUAAUGUCCUUUACCUUUUUCUUGAGGGCAAUUUAUUUUCCGGGCCAAUCCCCUCAAAUAUUGACCAAAUGAUGCCCAAGUUGGAAGAAUUGUUACUUGAUGAGAAUCAUUUGAAUGGCACUAUUCCUCCCUCUAUUUGUAACAUGCAGGAGUUAAAAAUCCUGUCUCUAAGGAGCAAUCAGUUUUCUGGAGAACUCCCUCAUGCAUGGAAUAUGGAGAGCAUUAUGGUGUUUUUAGAUGUCGGUCAAAACAAUCUGUCUGGUAAUAUUCCCACUUCAUUGGGGGUACUACAUUCCUUGGAAAUUUUAAAGCUCAACGACAACAAUUUUGACGGUGAAAUUCCUGAUGCCUUGCAAAAUUGUUCAAGCUUGAGGAGUAUUGAUCUUGGAGACAACAAGUUAUCUGGGAAAAUACCUCUAUGGAUAGGAGGGUCAAACGUAUCUAAGUUGUCUAGGGUACGAUUACGGUCCAACUAUUUUAGUGGAUGUAUUUCCCAUCAACUGUGCAAUCUUCAAGGCCUUCACAUCCUCGACCUUAGUCACAACAGCCUUUCAGGUACUAUUCCCAUGUGUUUGGAUAACUUAACUUCGCUAAUCAAUGAUGAUUCUUAUGCACACAGUUAUGAUGGGUAUGAGCAAGCCACACUGACACUAAAAGGAGAAGAACUUGUGUACAACACAACUCUAUAUCUUGUAAAGAGCAUUGAUAUUUCAUCAAAUAAUUUAAAAGGUGAAAUCCCUGAAGAAAUAAGCAGCCUCAUUAUGUUGGGCACCUUGAAUUUGUCCAUGAAUCAAUUAAUUGGAAAGAUCCCUUCCAAGGUCGGAAACUUGCGUUGGCUUGAAACUCUUGAUCUCUCACACAACCACCUUUCGGGACAGAUUCCUCAAAGCUUGUCAUCUUUAACCUCUUUGUCCCACCUGGACUUGUCUUACAACAACUUGUCUGGAAGAAUUCCUACUGGAAACCAGCUUCAAACGCUCAAUUUUUCGUCCAUUUAUGCGGGCAAUCAAUGGCUAUGUGGCGUUCCUCUCUCAACUAAGUGCCCUGAAGAUGGCACUUUUACUGCUAAGGAUGCAAGGGACGAGAAUGAAGAUGGAAAGGAUAAGUUGUGGCUCUAUGUUAGUGUGGUACUUGGCUUUAUCGUAGGCUUUUGGGGUGUUUGCGGCACAUUGAUCGUAAAAACAUCGUGGAGGUAUGCCUAUUUUCAAUUCUUCGAUGACAUCAAAGAUAAAGUAGCACUAGCAAUUGCAUUGAAAGUGGCUCGUUUGAAAAAGUUUUUAUUCUGAAGUUUAAUUGUACUAAUAUAUAAUGUGAUGCUUUUCCCUUUCAACUUUGUGUUUUGGCCAACUUAUGUAUUAAAUAAAAUAAUAUGUCAGUAAGUGUUUCCACAAACAAUUAUGUAACCGCUGUCCGUUUAAUACAAGAAUUCUAUCUAGUUUGUACUUAUGAAUCGCAUAAUACAAUCUGCCUAUGUAAUGUUGCAAUUUAACAAAAUAACAUUACGAAGUAGAUAAGCACACGUGUGUAUUCUUCUCUUUUACACUUGAAUGUCGUCCAACUCGGCGAGUGGUAGUCCACCUCUACCGCCUUCUCGAUGCUGCCAAAACCAUACAAAAAUGGGAGGGAGACAAGGAGGAAGAAUUGGUGGUUCGAUAUCGUCGAGGGUUUUCUGGGAUUCCUGUUCCUUGCAGAGAGAGAGGUGGGAGAAUUCGAUGGCGUCUUCCGGGUUCCUGUCCCUUGCCGAGAGAGAGAUGGGAGAGGUAUUUUGGCGUCUGUUGCAGAGAGAGAUUAGGGGGUGGGUCUAGGGUUUGCACAGAGGGUGGGUGGGCGAUUCAAUUGAGGGGCUAGGGCUAGAGGGAUGGGGGCUCCAUCUCUAUUCUCGCUUGCUGAAACUUUCCGCUCUUCAGCUCCGGCCCCAGGUGCGUGCAGGCGACGUGGACCUGGUCAACGAUGUCUUCAUUCACAGUUCCGGACGACAGUUCUGAACCUCUGGCGAUUCCGACUGAGAAAGAGGUCAAUAACAGCAAGGAGUUUGAAGGGCUCUCAGGUCCAAUGAGGAAGGAUGUUUCACAAGUUCGUAAGAAAGAUGGAUGAGAUUAAGAAAGAGUUAUGGCAACUAGGACAUACCUGCCAGAAGAAGGAAAGGAAUACAGAGAUGCACUUGAGGCUUUCAAUGAAAAGAACAGAGAGAAAGUGCAGCUUAUCACAAAGCUAAUGGAGCUGGUGAGUGGAAGUGGGAAGACGAGGAUGAAGAAGCUGGAGGAGCUGAGCAAGAACAUAGAAUCUUUAAAGUGAAGAAAUAGCAGCCUAUGUGGGUAACUGAUGAUCUGAUUAGGUUUGUGUGAUGAUGUGUAUAAGGUGACGUUUUUCGAUGUUUACAUAUAUGGGUGGUGAUUGGCAUUUGGUGUAAUUUCUAAGUUGGUUUGUUUCAUUAAUUAGUGUAAAACAUUUGGCUGAUUUAGGCAGGAAAAUACCCUUUAAAUUUAUACGGGUUUGUAACUAAAAGCAUCUGGCCUUGCAUUUUCCUUGUCAUUUUUCCAUGUAUCCACACACUGUACUACACUACUUCCUAGUGUAAUGUGGGGUUCUUUGAAUUUAUUCCUAUUCUUUGUUUUAUUUUUUUAUCGAUUGCAAAGGCCAUGAUAUUUAUGUAAUAAUGUCAAGUUUUAUGAGUGAUUUUGGAACAAA